AUGGCACCCGUAAAAGUCACCAAGAUCUGCUGCAUCGGCGCCGGCUACGUGGGUGGCCCAACGUGUGCUGUCAUUGCGCUCAAAUGCCCACAUAUCACUGUCACUAUCGUUGACCUCAACCAGGCACGUAUCGAUGCGUGGAACAGCGCGGACUUCAGCAUUCCAAUCUACGAGCCCGGCCUCGUUGAUGUGGUCAAGCAGGCGCGCGGCCGGAAUCUCUUUUUCUCUACUGACGUCGACAAGGGCAUCCGUGAGGCGGACCUGAUAUUCGUAAGUGUGAACACGCCGACUAAGAAGAGCGGUGUCGGAGCAGGAUUCGCCGCAGAUCUCAACUACGUCGAGUCCGCAACGCGGCAGAUUGCGGCAGUAGCGAACUCGAACAAGAUCGUGGUUGAGAAGUCGACUGUGCCAUGUAGGACUGCGGAGUCGAUGCGUACCAUCCUGGAGGCGAACUCGAAGCCGGGAACACGAUUCGACAUCCUGUCCAAUCCCGAGUUUCUUGCGGAGGGGACCGCCGUCACUGACCUGCUGAGCCCGGAUCGUGUCCUAAUUGGGUCGCUGCAAACACAGGAGGGCAAGGAUGCUUGCCAAUCUCUGACAGACGUCUACGCGAAUUGGGUGCCGAAGGGGCGCAUCUUGAGAGUAGGCCUUUGGUCAUCGGAACUGACGAAGCUUGCUGCAAACGCGAUGCUCGCGCAGCGAAUCUCGUCAAUUAACGCGCUGUCCGCAAUCUGCGAGGCGACAGGCGCGAACAUCGACGAAGUCGCGCAUGCCGUCGGGUUCGACUCGCGCAUUGGGCCGAAGUUCCUGCGCGCGUCUGUCGGCUUCGGCGGAUCGUGCUUCCAAAAGGACAUCCUCAAUCUCGUGUACCUGAGUGAGAGCUUGCACCUCCCGCAGGUGGCCGCGUAUUGGCGCCAAGUGGUCGAAAUGAACGAGUACCAGAAGAGCCGGUUCUCCAAGACCGUUGUCGACACACUCUUCAACACCAUCACCAACAAGCAUAUUGCACUGCUUGGCUUCGCGUUCAAGGCGGACACUGGCGACACGCGUGAGUCACCUGCGAUCUCGCUCGUGCGUGACUUCUUGUCGGAGCGUGCCUACGUCACCAUCUACGACCCGAAGGUCGACGAGGAGCAGAUUUGGGCCGAUCUUCAGGAGGCGUGUCCGCUCAUGCCGCUUGCAAACAUCAAGAAGCAGGUUACCCUCGUGCACUCUGCGCUGGAGGCGUGCAAGAACAAGGAGGCGGUCGUCAUUGCAACCGAGUGGAAAGAGUUCCGCGACAUCGACUGGGAGUCGGUCUAUGUACAUAUGGCCAAGCCGGCGUUCGUGUUCGACGGCCGUCUCCUUGUGGAUGCGGAGAAGCUGAGGAAGAUUGGUUUCAAAGUCACUGUCAUCGGACGCGGCGAAUAG